AUUUUUGCACGCCACGGAAUUCCCGAGGAGGUGGUUUCCGACAAUGGCCCGCAGUUUUCGUCGACUGAUUUUUCCCUCUUCGCCCAAGACUAUGGUUUCAAGCACAUUACAUCUAGCCCUCACUAUCCUCAAAGUAAUGGACUUGCAGAGGCUGCAGUGAAAAUCAUCAAGACAUCCAUGACGAAGACCAAGGACCCUUACCUGACACUUCUAGCUUACAGGUCGACUCCUUUGAAGAAUGGAUAUAGCCCUGCCGAACUGCUCAUGGGUCGUCGGCUGAGAUCCAGGCUUCCUCUUUGUCCCACCAAGCUGACACCCCAAUUGCCAGAUCAUGACAGCCUUCGGAAUUUUGAGGAAAGAUACAGAAAACGUCAAAGGAAAGACUUCGAUAGACGUCACGGAGUCCGCGACUUGCCGGAACUUCUUUAUGGAGAUGCCGUGUGGGUGACAGACCUCAAGAACAAAGGGACAGUACAAGCCCCAGCCGAUGAGCCUCGAUCUUAUUGGGUCAACACCGACACUGGUGCUGUACGUAGAAACCGGACGCAGCUAGUUCCAUAUUCCCGAAGUCACAACAACGCAGACAGCGCCAGUACCAGUGAUUGUGCUAUAGACACUCGCUCGCGUUGCCAGGACACUUCCCACUGGCAUACCAGAAGUGGCAGGUGCGUUAAGCCGCCUGCUGCAGCGAACUUCGCUUGAUUGCAUUGGGAGAUGUUGUAGAUGCUGCCAUCUAGAACAAGCCAGGCGAAGCUGGUGACAGCGUGUGCUCGAGGUGCGCGUGGCGCGUGGCUUGGCUCCUAGGCUAGAACGCGUUUUGGAAUAAACCUGUGUCCACGUAA